GGCUGAUGGUGCAGCCCCCAGACUGCACACGAGGGGCGGAGAGCGUCUGGGGGAGCCAGUGCUGGCUGACAGCUCGGCAGAGCUGUAAGAGAAGGCACCAGAGAGAGAGACGGGGAGGGCGUGCAGACAGCAUGCAGUGCAAGGCAUUGGCUCCAGCUGGCGAGCAAGGCAGGCGCUAGGGAGCAGACACAGGGAGGCAACUGGCUGGGAAAGAAUAGGAAGAAAGAGCCAGCAUUCUUUUCACCCAUUUAUUUUGUAUCGAUCCCCUUCCCCCUGCCCUCAGGGGCUCGUGUGCUGCAGGCUGGUGGGACCCCUGCAGCGCUCCGGGGCAGUGCCAAGCCGGUGUGGAGCACAAGGAGAGACCGGCGUGGCGUUAAUCUCACCCUCCAUUGAUUCAGGAGCCAGCCUGCCUUUUGCACAGCCCGCUUCCCAGCCGGCCGGCGGAGUGAAACAUCUCAGGGAGGCAGGGCCGUUUUUUGUAAAGGUGCCAAGCCACUUCCAUCAAUUUCCUCGCCUGCUGCUUUGACGGACCGAGUUAAAAGGGGGCGGACGGGCUAAAGAACCUUCCCCCGUCCUAAGCAAGCAGAAGAUUCUUCCUCCUCCUCUUCUUCCGGACAAUGAAAAUAACCCUGACUGGCAUUUAGCAUCUGGGAGCAAUUCUUCAGCAGCAGCAGCAGCAUGGUCCAGCAGAGGAACAUGAGGAGCCGCGCAAUCGAGUCCAAGAGGGAGGUGUGUCCCCAGCUAGCCACCAAAGACUCCCUGCUCCUCAAGGAAGCCGGCAGCAAGGGCGAGCCUGCCUGGUGCAAGACGCCGAGUGGCCACAUCAAACGGCCCAUGAAUGCCUUCAUGGUGUGGUCACAGAAUGAGAGGCGGAAGAUCAUGGACCAGUGGCCGGACAUGCACAAUGCCGAGAUCUCCAAGCGGCUGGGCAGGAGGUGGCAGCUCCUGCAGGACUCAGAGAAGAUCCCCUUCGUCAAGGAGGCGGAGCGCCUGCGGCUCAAGCACAUGGCUGACUACCCAGACUAUAAGUACCGGCCCAGGAAAAAGGGCAAAAUAGGGGCCAGCAAGUCCCGGCCAAGGCUCCCCGUGAAGAUAAAACCAUCCGUCCUCAGCCGGGUCACCUCCAGCAGAAGGCAGCCUUCCAAGCAUGACUCCAGCUGCCAGAUGGGAGAGUCCACCCUCAAGAUGGAAGAGGACCUCUUAGAGGUGCGGCUGUCAGAGACGCCCUUUGAGGACUGCCCGAAGGCACCUGGCAAGGAGUUCUGGCACAUGGUCCCCGCUGCGCGGGCGGCUGGGGAGAAAAGGAGCAAGAGGGAUGACUCUGUUGAGUCCCGCCAGCUGAAGGACCCAGAACCCACCGCGCAGCCCUUCCCGGAGCAGGUGAGCUCCCCAGAGAGUGGGUCCCCCUCCCCAAUGUCAACUGCAUCCCCGCCUUCCUCCUUCUCCUCCUCUGACGAAGAGCUGGAGGAAGAGCUCUUGGGUGUCCUGCCCGGGAAAGCCCAGCCGAGCGCAGCCUGCGGAGCCCUGGACUGGUCAGUCUUCGACAAAGACCUCGACCUUUUCCCCUUGGGAGUCACCUCUCACUUUGAGUUCCCAGACUAUUGCACUCCGGAGGUGACAGAGAUGAUUGCUGGGGACUGGCUGAUGUCCAGCAUCUCGGACUUGGUCUUUACGUACUGAGUCCCGCGUUCGGCAGGUAACUCUUUUCCACAAUCAGGUUGUAUCAAAAAACAGGAAGAAAAACCAGCUGUUUACAUGCAGGAAUCAGGUAUUUUGCCUUGAACACAUUCAAAGGCAGACACUCCCGAUCACCCCAUCCCCCGCUGCACACACCCACUUCUCCCAGCGCUAGCUCAGUCAUCCUGCUCCGGUCCAGAGCCACGGGGGCUGCAGCUCUGUGGCUGGGCUGGGCCAUCACCUUUCAUUCCUGAAGCCUUGGGGAGUACGGGCUUGACACAGCCUUUAUUUUGCCAUGAAAUUUGACUGUCUAAUCAGGUUUUCAUUGUGAACCUCUCUUCUCCCGUCUCCCCUUCCCCCACCCCUGCUUCCAGCUGCUGCUCAGCUCUGCCGCCAUCCAUCCCUCUACUGCUGAGAGACACUCCCCCCACUCCAUCUCGCUUCUACCCCAGAUUUUUCCCUCCUGCCCUCUCUUGCUAGCAGAGGCCACCUCCCCCCCAAAUGAAUUUUCAUCCACCAUUCCUCCUUCCCCACUCCUUUGCAUGUCUGGGAAUCACCAGUUUCCUUUGCUUUUAUUUCAGUGCGUUGUCAAACCUGCCUUCGUUUUUCUCCUCUUCCUUCGAAGAGCCCUUGGGAAGAGAGCCCAGUCGGGUCCAUCCAUCCCCGGGUUUAUAGGGCUGUCAGGGAGCAUGUACAACUUGCGCUCUCCCACCCUUCCGAUACCCAGUUUUAUUGGGGCUCCGGCGGGACAAGCCUCUGUCCCUGCCUAGUUGCAACGGCGCGCGCACGCUCCCCGCAACUCACUUUGGGAAAGAGCAAAGUUGCACGCACGUGAUUUGCACGUGGAUCCGAGAGGCUGUUGUUCCUCUCUCCAGACGCUCGUGCAGGCAACUACGCCGUGUGGGGAGCCCGUUCCGAGAAAGGACCCUGCUCCCUGUUAAUACGAGAGGUGAGCCAAAGGUGGGGAAAGUGGGCACACGUUGCUUCCUUCUGCACCACACCCUGAUUUUAGCACUGAGCCCUGGCAUUGCUGGCGAUUUGCCCACACCAGCCCCGCGCUGCUCAAGGCUCAUUCUGGCUGGUCUUGGCCAGAGGUGCCGGUCUCGCCCAUGCCCCGUUCUGAUGACUUGCCAAGGGUGAGGCGGCUUUGCGGGCAGUGUGCCGAUCCAGGGCUUGCUGGGGAGGGGGAGCCACAGGGAAAUCUGCCUUAAGCGACCACCCAAAAGGGACCAACAACAACAAAGCCAGAUGCCUGGCUGAGCCAGGUCUGUGACUGAAGGUCGAAUAAAACUGUCCUGCUUGGGGAUGCUUCCCAAUUCACAGUGUCUGCACCCUUUUGUGGAGCUGGGCCUUAGGGCAGGUUUCCCUGCAGACAAGUGACCUGGGGCUUCUGGCAGGGAAUGCCCUGGUUGAAGGGCUCUUUGGCUCAGGUUUUCCUUGCCUUUGCUAAUGUCUCCUUCCUGCGGUAAAACCGCCUCCUCCUGCUGCUGCCUGGAAACAUAUGGCUGCAAUGGCAGGCUCGGAUUUAAAGGCACGGUACAAUGCUGCAGAAGGAUGGGACCUUUCUGCCCAGGUAUGAAUGUGCUUUGUUCGGUGGCCCUAGAAAGGGCGCGAGCUGCUCCCUGGCCACAGCCUGAGACUGGGGGGUGGUGCUGGAGGAAGCAGUUUCCCAAGCAAGAUGAAAUCCUAGCUGUCUGGAAAGAGUGAGGGGACGGGGCGGGGCAGGUCUGAGAUUGCACUGUCCUGUUGGUGGCUUGGGAUGGGAUUUAGCCCUGAAGAAACCUCACAGCUAUCCAUCCUCGGGAACUCUUGCUUUAUACAGCUUCUGAGGUCUCCUCUGCCCUGGAUCCCCCACCCCCACCCCAGUGAGGCAGCCCCUCGAACAUCUCUCAGGAAGAGGAGCACCCUGAACGCAACCGUGCUGGGGUGCUGUAUUACUGCAGAAGUCGCGGCAGGGCUUGUCCCCUUGUUUCUCAGCAGCUUUGCCUCACCUGUCCUGGGCUCCGAGGGCUGUUUCUUAGGGGGCUGCUUGACUCUAGGUCAGAAUUCCCCAGUUCCCACAGCUGGGAGGAUUUCCAUUCAGACUCGGCCGAAGCUCAGAGUCUGGAGUUCCUCGGGUAUGAAUGGGAUCUCCUUCACUAGAAAACUGUCUAGCCGUAUGAAACAACACGACUCAAAAAGUCCCGGCUCUGAACGCCGGCAUGAUCUUCAGAGAUGCUGCGUACCUACCACCUCCGUUGGGAGCUAUGGGUGAGCGGUGCCUCUGAAACUCAGGUCCUGUGCAGGGCCUCAUGUAGAGCACUGUUGGCUUUUCAGUCAAACUGUAAUCUAAGUGGCUUUGGUUUAAAUGGCCCAGAUGUUAGACUUUGAACGGGGACAAGUGGGCGUGUUCAGAAAGUCCUUUCCCAAGGACAUUCCAACCCCCUAGUCCCCAGCUGAUCAGCUGAGCUCUCGGGAUACAUUUGAGAAAUAUUAUAGAUAUGUGUGUGUGUAUAUAUGGAUUCAAAUUUAUAAACUAGGUUUAAAGAGCACUGAGAUCAUCAUGCAAAUAUGCAAAAAGCAAGGGAUCCUUAAUGAGCAGAACAAAUGUUUCCUAUAUCAGCCUCACCUUUCCUUCUCCCGCACCAAGGCUUGCAAGCCAUUAAAAUACAAUGUAGUGAACAGACCUUAGCAAACCAAAUAAACCCAUGGAAAGCCACAUGAAUUACAGAUGCUCCCCGAGAUUCCCUGCUCAAGGCAGCCCAUUCACCUGCAGUGACACGAGGCGGGGACACUACAGCCGAUCUGCGCCACUCAGCCUCUAAUGCAGAGCUCUUCCCCUGCAGCUUCCUUCCCCCCCAGGUGGAGGCCAGACAGGCCCAUUGUAAUGAAAACCCCACCCCCCUUCCCUUCCCAGCAGGGCACCUGGCAGGUCAAUGGAUCCCAAAGGGUUUCAUACCCACGCAGAGGGGGGCCUACCUUUAAAGAACCUGGGGGAACUGGCCGUACCAUCACUUCUGAUCCUCAGGAAUCCAGCCGCUGAAGUGCCCUCUGCACAUGCUGGCUGCAGGAGGGUCUGUCUCCUCCAGCGCUUUCCAGGACACCCAGAGCCCUUUAGGAUCUAGGCGCCUUCUUGGAAUUUAUCUCUUUUCUUGUGCUGCAUCCAAGCAAGGCAUGAGAUAACCUUGGUGGUGACUCAGCUCUGCCCAGGAGUGGCAGCCCCCGGGUCCACCCUGCUGCCUGCAGGGACCUAUGCUGGGCUGAGUCAGAGGUGGUCGGUCUUUACCCAGUGCUGUAAAUGGACCUUUAUGGGGCUGGUUCUGCCAGCCUGCUUCCAGAUGUCACCAGAAUCCUCAGCCUGGCUGCCCUGGCGUCAGCCCUCCCAAGGCAAGGAAAGCAAGUCAGCAACUUGAGAAAGUAACAUAUCCCCUGAACACAGCCAGUGCUGCGGCUGGCCCUGUCCCAGGGAAGCCCUGGUCUUCAGUGGGAACAGGUUUGGACUUGGCUGUUUGGAAGGAGGAAAUGUUGGCUGAUAUUCACAGCGAUUGGGUGUUUUCAGCUCCCAACGCAUUCUUGUGGCAGGGAUUGCAGGAUUGCCAGUACAGUGCUCCCAGGGAGGGACUUCCUGCAACCCAUGAAAGUGGACUGCUUUUUUUGGAGCAGGUGGGAUGCAGGUUCUGGGUGUUUCACUCCCCAGAGCAUGGCCCACGGACUCUCUCUUCUUAGCUUGACACUUCCCAUGCACCAGUCCCUAGAACGAUGGCAGUGGCCCGGAGGGUAACUUUUAAAAUGAGCAUUGACUGUUCAGGAGUACGCCCUCAAACUCCAGGCUCUGCUGUGAACUGUCCUUGCUGCCAGCACCACCACUGCCCAUGACUGGUGCUGCCCCCUGAGACCCCCAUCCUGCAAGCUUUCCAUACAGACAGGUCCCCAUAUCUGUCCAGAGCCCCACUGCAUGGGGGUUUUCCCUUGCAGAGCAGCUUGCAGGGUUGGGGUCUUGGCAUUCAGGUGCAUGCAGUGACUGUCACCAGCAGGCCCUUCUGUUGCAGUCAUGGGGCCGCACCUGGCCUGACGGGUUUGAGUCACAGAUCCAAAGGCAGGUGACACCCGGAGAGCAGCAGCACGCUCUGAGAGAAGUGUGGCCAGAAGGGCUGUAUAUGGAGGGGCCCUGGCGGUGUGCUGGGCCCCCCCGUUUCAAAGUAAGGGGUAUUUGCAGGAAUAGGGGUAGCUGCGAGCAGGUGACACCAGCUGGAGGCAGAACAGUUUGUAGGGCAGUCAGCGGGCGUGGUGCAACCAGCGAACACACAGCAUCCGCCUCGCAGCCAGCCCAUGGAUCUCAUGCUUUCCUGUACCCCCCAGGGAAAUGGUCCGUGCCAGUGGGCUCAGAGCGCAGGGAGAGCAGAACCGGCAGGUGUACCGGGGCUGAUGGGCUGUGUCUGUCGAAGACAUUCCAGCCAGUAACAGGAGCCAGGGUUAGGAGCAGCACUCCAGGGGGCAGUAACAGAGACUCAACGAGUGCCACCCUAGGGUGCAUGGGCUGAGGUGGCUUGGCUGGGCAUGUGGGUGCUGGAGAGAGUGUGUGAUACACGUCCCGCCUCACCAAGAGCAUCUUCUGCUCUUUGCCGGCCCAGCUGCCCAGAACGCCUGUCAGGAAGGGGAGAGGAGAAUGGACAGGGCGUGGGGGCUGCAUCCUCACCCCUCUCACUUGUAGGAAGAGGUGGGUUUCAUUGGCCAGCUGUUUUUCCCCUCCCCCACCCCGCAGCUCCAAGGCAUGGGAGGAAGCCACUCUGCUGGGUCCCUGCGCAUGCCCUCUUUGGGACUGCAGACCCCUCCCCCUACUCUGUGUGUGUGGCGGGAGGGGGCUCAGGUAGAGGGAACUCCAGUCUGGAAGGAUUACUGCAAAACACAGAGCAGAACCUGUCCUGGGCCAGGCUCUCCUCUUCCUCUCAGGGGCUGCCCCCAGAGCUGCAGGCCAAAACGUGUCCUGUCCACCCCUGCAUCUGUAUCUGAUAGAGUGGGUUCCCUCUGCCCCUUGGGGCAGACAGGAGACUGGGGGGAAUGCUGGGCUCUCCCUGGCCUGGCCUGAGAGAUCCCGCAGGGAAAAGCAGGCUCUGGUUCCAGUUAGUUUACAAACCAUCAGGCUAAACCCUCCUCAGGAGCAGGCCCCAGGUAGGAUCCUCUCUACAGGGACCUGAUCACAGCUGCAGAGCCAGGGCCUGGAAGGAGUAAGCGGGAUGGUGGCGAGAGGGAAAUGCUACUCUUCAGCCUCCUUCCUCCUGACUUUAAGCACAAAGAGCAUUUGCUUCCUCUCCGCUCCCACUUCCUGUAGGCUUUUCUUGUUUUCCUUUGUCAGAGGAGAAAGAGUUGUGAACCAUGGUGAACUGCUGUGACAUGUGGUUUUAGUGCUUUAGAGACGCCCCCGCGUUUUGACUUCUCUCUCAUUCUAUCGCUUGGCUAGUUUCUGCUGUGACUAUCCUUUCCCCGCGUCCCUGCUGCCUGUAAUUUGCUGCCGUGCGUGCGCGCGUGUGUGUGACACAUUCGAGUCAUCGAUAUAGAUAAAUAAAAACUUGUCUCAGGAACAAACUCCACGGAUUGUGGCCAGCAGGGCUCUGGGGAUGCGACCCCCAUCCCUUUUCCCAAACCUCCUCCCAACGCUUUACAGUUGUCAGCAGGUGUUGAUGGAGAAAAACUCCAGCCUGCAAAUGGUGCUACAAGCGCUCUGGGUUUUCUUUUGUAUUGUUGUGUUAGUGACAAGGUUCCUGUAUCUGUUGUCUUGGAGAAAUAGGCUUUUAGAUGAGGGGAAGUAACGGCACUUGGUACAUCCGAACAGUGUGUGUGAAAUGUCCCGGACAGGUUAUGUGAAAGCUCGGCUAAUGGUUAUACUGAUUGUUGUAACUAUGGAAUAAAGUGUAUUCUUGGUCUGCCUCA